CGCGGUGCUCACUUAACGGGCGGCCUGGCUGUCAGCCCGGGCCGGCCGUCCAUCUUUGAGGUGGUUGCUCAGGACACGUUGAUGUCGGCGGUCAGACCCGCCGCGCAACAUGCUUGCAAGGUGAGGCUCGUACCGUGCCCUCCCCAGGAGGAAGGGUAGGCAGAGGGUCCUUGCCGCCUCCGCGGAUUGGAAUCGGAGGCGCAGCUGCCGCUGUCCCAGGGGGUUAGGAGCAAGGGCUGCAGGCUGGCCUAAGGCCGAAAGCGCCUCCGGAUGGAGGCCCAGAGUCAGGUGCUUGCGGAAUCCAACCCCAGUCGCUAUGGGUUUCUAUGGCGAUGGUUCGAUGAAAUCUACGUGCUGCUAGACCUCCUGCUUGAGCAUCACUAUCUGUCCAGGACCAGUGCUUCCUUCUCUGAGAACUUUUACGGUCUGAAAAGAAUUCCAUUGGGUAGUGGUCACGGACUAUGGAGAUUAGCCAGUCUUGGGCUCCCAAGAACCCAGCACUGGAGAUCCCUGCUGGUGGUAAUAGCUGUUCCGUACAUAAAAGUCAAAUUGGACAAACUGUUUGCUCGACUGCAAGAGGAGGAUGACUAUGCAAUACAUCUCCCAGAGUCCUCUUGGAAGCGUCUUUAUAAGGCCUUCCUUGCAGCCUAUCCUUUUGUGAAUAUGAGUUGGGAGGCAUGGUUCCUUAUCUACCGGCUCUUGUACGUCUUCGAGAAAACACAGUUUCACUCACCGCUGUUGCGAGUGGCAGGGGUCCGUUUGGGGAGCCUCACCCCUGCAGAUAUUCAGGACUUCGAGAAAAAAUUCUCUUCUAUUAGCAACCAUUCAGCCAGUGAAAGUGUGGUUGGAAAGCUGACCUCCUUUCUGGCUAAAGCAAUGGGGGGUGUGACAGUGUCCGUAUCGAGUGGCAUAUCCGUGGGUGUCUUUUUCCUGCAGUUUCUGGAGUGGUGGUAUUCAUCCGAAAACCAGGAGACGAUUAAAUCCCUCUCCUCUCUCCCAACCCCUCCCCCGCCAGUGCACUUUGACGAGCUAACUAAUGAGUCUUUACCUAGACUGAAGACUGUGUGUCCUUUGUGCAACAAGAUUCGGACAAACGACACAGCCUUGGCGACCUCUGGAUAUGUCUUUUGUUACCGAUGUGCUUACAGCUACGUAAAACGCCACCAGCGAUGUCCGGUGACAGGCUACCCUUCUGAACUGCAGCAUCUAGUUAAACUUUACUCUCCAGAAGCAUGAAGAAAAAAGGUUUUGAUCCAUGGAUGCACAUUAUUAUUGAUCAUGUACUAUUUUGUAAGCAGAAGUCUGACUUAAAGACUUGUAAAGUGCUGUUUACUAAUGACACGCACCAGACAAGUUUCAACUGCAACAUUAUUACUAAUUAUCUUUUCCAAUUUUCUGCCCCCCCUCCUAAAUGUGCUGACUUACAUAAUUCCUCAUUCAAGUGGCCAUUCUGCUGUGAACUUAGACAGGAGACUUGUCCUAUGGAGCAUUGCUACUGAUGACUACACAGAUGCACCCUUUCCAGUCCUGGCCAUGAAUGGUGGUCAGGAGAUCUGAUUUAGAGGGGCUAAGAUCUGUUUGAGCAAUGCUGCCAUCUUGAUUGAGAUCAGCUAAAGCAACUCCUUCCUAUUUGCUUGAGUCUGAAUUCUAACACAUAGAGCGCCAAAAUAUCAAAAGUACAUAAUUAAGUACAUUCCUUGGUUAUUGUGAGGGGGCCAAGAGACAAUGGAAAUUGUAUAUGUCAUAUUCAGCAUGAUCUUCCAUGGUAAUUCUGAGUCUUUUAAUGGAAUCUUGUCAUUUUCAAAUUUCAUUAACAAAUAAUGUAAGUUCAAAGAGUUUACCAGUUCAGUUAUAGUUGCAAUAUUUAGUCCUGGUUCAUGGUUAACAAAUUUACAUUGUAGGAAAUUCUCUAAAGAUUCAAAUAAAAAUCUUGUUUGCGUUAGAUCAAAUUCUAAAGUUUGCUCUCUAAAGUUAGAGCAAAAGCCUCUAUCAUUGGCCCCAUAAUCUAAUUGGCUUUUGAAAUCAAUAUUUUAAUGGUCAAGAUGUAAUCUAUGCUGUGCACUAAAUUAUUAUGGUGUGAUAAAUGUUUCAAUAAUCUUCUGAAGAUUUUUAAUGUUUACUUGCAAACUAUAAUAAAUCGUACAUUAACUGAACCAUUAAACUGACUUUACAGUGUUCAUGUAAACAAAAGUCUUCAAAAUCAAAACAGGUCCAAUACUACCCAGAAGAGGUGAGAAGAGAAAUAAUGAAUGCUGCAAAUCUAAAUGCAAACAGAAAAUACUGCAGAUCUGAAGCAGAUCAAUCUUCACCUGAGAGAAAGCCUCAUGGCUUUUGCGAGUCCAGAUUUGGCCAAGUCACUUGAAUUCCAAAGUGCGGUCGUUUUUGUGAUUUUAUGAAAAUAAUUUGUUACCUGGGGGUAGUUCAUUAUCAUAUUUUAAUACACAGUGUAUGUGUGGAUGCAAGUAUAUGCCUGAUGGUCAGAAACUUUAUAAAUGAGUUGGGGAAGGUCAUGUAUUACUCAAAGUAGCAUCAAGGACAUUGACCUGCAACGUAUAAUUAACAUUAAGUAAGCAUUUCAGUCAUAAGUUAAUUUUUAUACAGGUUGGAUUCAGUAACCAUGUUUGUAGUGAGAUUACUUAAGAAUCUGCAAACUUUCUGGCUCGAGUAUUCCAGUGUAUUUUUCUUCCUGGAGAGUAUUUUCUGAACAUUGCAAAUAACCCUCCUCAUUUAUAUACUUUUUAAGUGUUAGUAUAAGAUAUGAAGUCUAAUGUAUUAUGCUGUAAAAAAUAAC